UAUCUUGAGCUCUCCACAGUUUUGUCGUGAAUGGACAACGUUACAGUGGUAUCAUUAAAUGCUCUUACCCCUCUUUUGGACAUGGACUGGAAAACAUCUUAAAUAUUAGUCUGCUGUGCACAAAUGCAAAAAUGAACAAAGGGUGGCUGGAGCUCGAGAGUGAUCCAGGACUGUUCACCUUGCUGGUGGAAGAUUUUGGUGUCAAAGGUGUCCAAGUAGAGGAAAUCUAUGAUCUUCAAAGCAAGUGUCAGAGUCCUGUCUAUGGCUUCAUCUUCCUAUUCAAGUGGAUUGAGGAACGUCGAUCGAGGAGGAAAGUUAACACUUUGGUGGAUGAGACCUCUGUCAUUGAUGAGGAAAUUGUAAAUGAUAUGUUCUUUGCUCAUCAGCUGAUACCAAAUUCAUGUGCCACCCAUGCUUUGUUGAGUGUACUUCUGAACUGCAGCGGCGUCGAGCUUGGCACCACCCUUAGUCGCAUGAAGGCUUUCACAAAAGGUUUUAGUCCAGAGAGUAAAGGUUAUGCAAUAGGAAAUGCCCCAGAGCUUGCCAGAGCACAUAACAGCCAUGCCAGACCGGAGCCCAGGCACCUGCCGGAGAAACAGAACGGGAUCAGUGCAGUGCGGACCAUGGAAGCUUUCCACUUUGUUAGUUAUGUGCCCAUCAAAGACCGCCUCUUUGAGCUUGAUGGACUCAAGGCUUACCCCAUUGACCAUGGGCCCUGGGGAGAGGAGGAGGAGUGGACCGAUAAAGCUCGGCGGGUUAUCAUGGAGCGGAUUGGAUUGGCCACUGCCGGUGAGCCGUACCAUGACAUUCGCUUCAACCUGAUGGCAGUGGUGCCUGACCGCAGGAUGAAGUACGAGUCCAAGCUGGAAAUUCUAAAGAGGAAUCGACAGACUGUUCUGGAGGGUCUGCAGAAGAUGAUCCGGCUCACUCAGCCGGAGCUUGUCCAUGACAAGAAGGAGAAGGACUCGACCUCUACUGACGAAAGCACCGCUGCGAUCAAGAAAGAGGCCGAGGCUGAGCCAGUUACAUCCCAGGGGACUGAUCAGGCUUCUUCAGUCGAAGAGUCAGGAGUUCAGUCUAAGGAUACUACGAGUCCCUCAGCAAACACUAAGGUCAUGGGCAAACCACCAGUGCCCACAGGAGGAGGUCCCCAGCAAGUCACCAGUCCCAACCCCAUCGUUCAACGCCUGCCUGCUUUCCUGGACAACCACAACUAUGCCAAGUCUCCAAUGCAGGAAGAAGAGGAUCUUGCUGCUGGAGUUGGCCGCUCUCGAAUGCCAGGGCCCCCCCAACCUCCAUACUCCGACGAUGAAGAUGACUAUGAGGAUGAUGAGGAGGAAGUAACUGGUUCUGCAGGCACCCCGAACAGGUUUAGAGGGAAAACGAGUCUGCGAUCACGAACUGGACGGGUAGGGACUGGAAUGGAGAGCCAGAUUGCCCUCACUGUACUGGCUGAGAAACUGAAGAAAGAGGCCCAAAGGAAAGAUGCCCUGAAUACACCCCUUUCUGUACGCACAGAAGGGCGCACUGGUGGCAUUUGCAUCACAUCUGCUUCACAGCCUUCCCCCACACCCAGCAACGAAAGCACCGACACAGCCUCUGAGAUCGGUAGCGCCUUCAACUCCCCGCUGCGCUCACCCGCACGCUCCCAGGCUGCCACGCGCCCGUCCAGCCCAGUUGCAUCCCAUCUGUCCCGUGUGCUUUUUGGAGAAGAUGAGAUGCUGAGGCUGGACUCCAGACAUAACCGUGCUGUAAGAGAACUGGGUCCGUCUGUCAGCGUAGCCUUGCUACACCUGCAGGAGGAUGGAGUCAUUUUUGCUCUCCCUCCAUCUGAUUUGGCUGCGGAUGGCACAAAGCAGCCUUGUACCCCUGAGAAGCCAAAAGACAAAGAGCAAGCAAGCCUUGUAGCAGGAGAGAAGGAAGGAGGGAACGAGGGGGGUGAGGGUCCAUCUGUGGAGGUGAAAGAAGAGGAGAGCAAAGAUGGAGCAGAGGUGACAACUAGCAAAGAAAAGCCCAACACUAUGGAAACUACUGCGGACAGCAAGCCCCCUGGGGAUAAGUACUCUCCCAAAGAGCUGCUUGCACUUCUUAAGUGUGUAGAGGCUGACAUUGCCAAUUAUGAGGUGUAUCUAAAGGAGGAAGUAGAGAAGAGAAAGAAAUACAAAAUUGAUGAUCAGAGGAGGACCCAUAAUUACGACGAGUUCAUCUGCACCUUUAUAUCAAUGCUGGCCCAAGAAGGCAUGCUGGCCAGCCUUGUGGAACAAAACAUUUCCGUGCGUCGUCGGCAGGGAGUGAGUAUCGGCCGCUUGCACAAACAGAGGAAGCCUGACCGCAGGAAACGCUCCCGACCUUACAAAGCCAAGCGGCAAUAAUUACAAACAAUCCCGACUUUUGUAAGUAACUUACUCGUGAGCACCGAGCAAUCACCACAGAGAAAAAGAAAUUGAUGCACUCCUGGAACGGUCUCCUAAAGGCAGUUUAGUGUUUAGUCGGAGCCUCCUCUUCUUCAUGAAAUCGACUUUGUUCUGGGUUGGUCCUUUUAUCAUGUAUGUAUAUAUGUACUAUCAUUUUAAUCUCAAUGUAAAUUUCCUUCUUUCUUGUGUCACUACUAUCGACAGAUUGUACAUAUGAAAAAAAGGCAUGUCCCCAGUGAUGCAGCUGAAUGCUUUUGUCAUCUUGCAAAGUAUUCAUUCUUAUUGAAAGAGUCUUGUGGUCAGUGUGGUUUAGUAUGUCUGUAAAUAUACAAUUUGGUAACAAGUCAACAUUUCCUCAACUGUAUCACUUACGCGUGUUUUUAUGGUGCCAAUGAAGUAUUGAAAGUUUUGACAAUAGAAGGCCAUGUAUUUUAGUCAUCCAUUCAGUAAUAAUCAAUUCACUGUUGGUAACUCUCUGUAUAACAUAAAAUGCAUCUUUUAAUCACAUUCUUCUUGGACAAUUUUUAAUCUGAGGAAGAAGUCAUUAUGCAUCCAGGUUUUUUUCUUUUGGUUGGAAUGUCUUUUCAGCCGAGGCUCUCUUGCUGUAUGUACGAAUGUCUCUUGAGGUCCUGCAAAUGCAAAACAAGCUCUUGUGUUUAUUUUUGUACCUGAAAUCGAUCUCAAAGUGAGUGAAUAUUAAGUUGGAUGUGUGCACUUGUGUGUUUUGUACAUAUGUAUCCGUUAAUUGGCUCACCUGUUCACUGAGUUCAGUUAUUCUUUGUGCUUGCCAAUUCAUACUACAAUAAAGUUAAUG